AGAACACGAAAAGAAAGUGAUCGUAUGCGAACAUCUCAACAUCCCGAUCAUAAAUCUGUCAGUGAUAAGAAACUCAACAUUGAUAGAAGCAGGCGACCCAGACCUUUGAGACCAUCUGUGAAGAGUUUGAAGAGAUCUGAAGGCGCCGAUGCUUUGAAAGAGAAGAAAACAUUGUCUGAUGAGCGACAGUCCCACCUGAAAAGACAAAGUCAUGAAAUUGUUAAUAAGACUGCUGACAGAGGUCCAAGUGCAAAUAUCAGAACUGCAAGGGAGACAAGUCGUGAGAAAAGAAGUCAUGACAAAAAGAGAGUUUCAGGACCAUACUCUGAACAUGUCAGACGCCAAAGUGCAGGCUCAGACAGUAUGAGAUCUAGACAGAAUUCAGAUCUACAAAAUAUAGGGAAGCAGUCCGAAUCUGAGAACACUGGUCAACUGAUGGAUACUCUGCUACGCAGCUUGUCUGUUGUUGAGUUAUCAGCCAAGGGGGAAAGUUUUACCCGGCUUGUUACAGAGAAGCUCACUAACUUAAUUGAGGAGCAAAGCUCAAGGGCAUCAGGUUUGAAGGAGGGAAGAUGGAGGCGAUCAAGAAGUCCUGUGAGGAGGCACACUGCUAGGAGGAGGUCAGUAGGAUCAUUUAAGUUCUCUGUCAGUAUGAUCAUUUAACUUCUCUGUCAGUAUGAUCAUUUAAGCUCUCUGUCAGUAUGUUCAUUGAAGUUCUCUGUCAGUAUCAUUUAAGCUCUCUGUCAGUUUGAUCAUUUAAGCUCUCUGUCAGUAUAAUCAUUUAAGUUCUCUGUCAGUAUGAUCAUUUAAGCUCUCUGUCAGUAUUUUCAUUUAAGUUCUCUGUCAGUAUGAUCAUUGAAGUUCGCUGUCAGUAUGAUCAUUUAAGCUCUCUGUCAGUAUGAUCAUUUAAGCUCUCUGUCAGUAUGUUCAUUGAAGUUCUCUGUCAGUAUCAUUAAAGCUCUCUGUCAGUAUGAUCCUUUAAGCUCUCUGUCAGUAUGAUCAUUGAAGUUCUCUGUCAGUAUGAUCAUUUAAGCUCUCUGUCAGUAGGAUCAUUGAAGUUCUAAAGAAUGAUAUGUUAUGACAUCAAAAACAUCUACUGGGCAUUGCAUCAAAAACCUGUCCUGAAACUUUUGUCAAGCAUGUUUUUAUCCUAUGCAAUAAUGAAAUUCUUCCAUAAUUUGAUUGCACAGAUCUGUUAGUCCAAGUCAAAGUAGUUUUAAACAAGGGUCCACCAGAGCCAAGUCUCCUGCCAUGCGUAGGGUUUUCAUGAGUAGAAAAUCUCUGUCCCCACAACGACCGCCCCCGGCCAGAAUGUUGUCACCCCGCCCCCCUGCUCCACCCCGAAACCACUCUCCUGGACGCCACUUCCAAGUAUCGUCACAUCCACUGCAGGAUUCAAAUCCAUCCCGACAUAACCAAAAUCGUGGACCUUCCCCCAGGCAUCACCGUAUCAUGUCACCAAUAAGACGCAGUGAAGAAAGUGGGGCAAACAACCUCCGGGAAGGAAUGUGGCUGUCACAGCCCCCACAAACUCCACAAACCUAUCAAGGUUUGUUGACAUUUUAGACCUUUCAGUUUUUCAAAUGUAUCCACACAUAUGAAUAAAUUUAUAUUUUCAUGAAGAAGCCACCACAGCUUUAUUAUUUCAUUAUCUUAUUUCAAUGAAUUAAUCUAGUACGCUUAUUUUUGGAUAAUGCUAUAAAAUAUCUCUGUGCAGGUCCAGACCCUCGCUCCAACAUUCAGAUUGUCUCAGGGAGGAACAGAGAGGAAGGUGAGUAGAAAUUUUCAAGUCAGUUCUUUACUUUCCAGGAUUUAUUGCACUUUUUUCUAUGAUGACCACCAAUGUCUUCACAGAAGUCAUUCAAUGUCAUCACAGAAGUCAUUCAAUGUCAUCACAGAAAUCAUUCAAUAUCAUCACAGAAGUCAUUCAAUGGCAUCACAGAAGUCAUUCAAUGUCAUCACAGAAGUCAUUCAAUGUCAUCACAGAAGUCAUUCAAUUGCAUCACAGAAGUCAUUUAAUGGCAUUACGGAGUCAUUCAAUGGCAUCACAGAAGUCAUUCAAUGGCAUCACUGAAGUCAUUCAAUAGCAUCACAGAAGUCAUUCAAUUUCUGUCUCUCUGCUGCAUAAAUGUUCAGUUAUGCUUCUAACUCAACUAUUUUUAUUUUAUUCACAGAUCUACGUAAAAGUCAGGGCACUUCCAAAAAUCUGGUCUCUAUUCAAUCUGAAUGGUAAGGAAAAGUUUCUUUCUAAUGUCCCCAAAUACCUGCCUGAUAGUCUCACUCUGUGACCUUAAUGAAGUGCAAUAGAAGCUUGGUUUAGCUCACCUGGAAAGGGUUGAAGAUAACAGCUAUGUUACUGACAGUGUUGUAAAAUUUUGCUUUGAAACAAGGGCGUGGAAACAGGCAAAUGCGACAGGUGGACUAAAAUGUUACUUUUACUUUUGCAAUAACUCAUGAAUUCACUUUUGAUAGGACACAGCAAUGACUAGAAAACAUGGCUGUGAUAUUUUUAGAUCUCCAUUUUUGAUUUUGUCAACAAAUACACAUACUAUUAAUAUUACUAUCUUCCAAAAUCACCUACCAAAAAAAAAACAUUCUCCCCCCCCCUCUCUUUUCCCCUGGAGUGCAAACAUUAUGUAUGUGAACUAUCUUUGUGUAAAGACAGAUUCAAUUUGGAAGAGAAGAAAUACCUCAUUACCUUGCCUCCACUUUAUCACAAGAAUACUCAGUUGAUACAAAUACUUCAAAAGCCACAGUUUAGGAAACAGAUUUGAGGAGGGAAGAUUGUUGUUUUUAUCUGUCUGAAACCACCCCUCCCCCCCCCCCCCCCUCCUCCUCACCGUGUGGCAACAGCUUUAGAACUUUAGAAUCGCUGUGCCAGAAAAUAAAAGCGGUUUACUUAAGAGCUUAUACGAUGCGCGGAGAAUAUGACAGAGCAAGGAGUAUGUGCGGCGGGGGAUCUUUGUACUGUAAUCGUAUGAGCAUAAGCAUCAAGCUUUUUCUGAUUACUUUACACUGAGUACUGUAUGAUUUUUAUUGUUCGUCCUUCGCAUGCCAAGACGACAAAGGUUAGAGUGGUAGCUUUAAAUUGAGCUGUACACCUUCUCGUCAUUGCCCAUCUGAGUGCAAGACUUAGUCAAGACGACUGAAAAUAGACCAGGACGCAGUCGAUGACCAGCCCCACAAGGUUGGGAUCGAUGACCAGCCCACAAGGUUGGGAUCGAUGAUCAGCCCCACAAGGUUGUGAUCGAUGACCAGCCCCACAAGAUUGGGAUCGAUGACCAGCCCCACAAGGUUGUGAUCGAUGACCAGCCCCANAACUUUUCUGUUAGGCUCUAACUUUUCUGUUACACUCUACCUUUUCUGUUACACUCUACCUUUUCUAUUACACUCUAACUUUUCUGUUACACUCUAACUUUUCUGUUACACUCUAACUUUUCUGUUAAACUCUAACUUUCUGUUACACUCUAACUUUUCUGUUACACUCUACCUUUUCUAUUACAUUCUAACUUUUCUGUUACACUCUAACUUUUCUGUUACACUCUACCUUUUCUGUUACACUCUAACUUUUCUGUUACACUCUAACUUUUCUGUUACACUCUAACUUUUCUGUUAAACUCUAACUUUCUGUUACACUCUAACUUUUCUGUUACACUCUACCUUUUCUAUUACACUCUAACUUUUCUGUUACACUCUAACUUUCUGUUACACUCUAACUUUUCUGUUACACUCUACCUUUUCUGUUAAACUCUAACUUUCUGUUACACUCUAACUUUUCUGUUUAACUUUCUGUUACGCUCUAACUUUUCUGUUACACUCUACCUUUUCUGUUACACUCUACCUUUUCUGUUACACUCUACCUUUUCUAUUACACUCUAACUUUUCUGUUACACUCUAACUUUUCUGUUACACUCUAACUUUUCUGUUAAACUCUAACUUUCUGUUACACUCUAACUUUUCUGUUACACUCUAACUUUUCUGUUACACUCUACCUUUUCUGUUACACUCUAACUUUCUGUUACACUCUAACUUUUCUGUUACACUCUAAUUUUCUGUUACACUCUAACUUUCUGUUACACUCUAACUUUUCUGUUACACUCUAACUUUUCUGCUCAUAAUGGUGACUGUAUGUGAGAGAACUAAUGGGUUUCUAUUUUCAGGGCUGCUGUUCCACCUGGGAGUCAAACUAAUGCUGGGAGACCAUCGGAUGGUCAAGAUUUGCUUGAUCAAUUUAUCGGACAAAUGAAGCGGAACUCUCAGAGUCACCCGACUAGUUCACGAGCAAACUUUGAGGAUGCUCCAAAGCUUGACAGUGUCAGGAGCAACUCUGGUGGAUCUGUGAAUUUUAUAGAUUCUGGGAUAGGUUUGGGGGUGAGGAACACAUCUGACCUAGGUCACGGUGGACUCCCAUCUGGUUCUUACAACACAGCUAGGGGAGAGAAUACAGAGUCUGUCCCUGGUACUUACAACACAGUUAGAAGAGAGAAUACCGAGUCCAAUCAAGCUGGUCAGAGGUUCGAUACGCCUUACCGGCCUCAGGCGGGGACAAACAUGAAUUGGUUCGGGCGACAGGAGAGCAAACCUGCAUUUGAGAGACCCCAAGAGACAUUUGAGAGAUCUCAGUUUUCUGCAGACUACCAUCAGCAGAAUCACAAUAUGAACGUACCCCCUCCCAUCCCACCACCUGUGGCUCCCCCUAUCUUGAACCAGUCUCUGUCCUCUCAGGACAGGAUCUCACAGCUGGAAGCCUUGGCUAAACAGUUGGCAAUGGACAUCCAGAAGCAGCAGCCUGCACACCAUGGUCAAACCUACUGGCCAUUUUCAAUGCAGCAGCAGCAAAAUACAAUGAAUAUGCCGAGACCUCAAUCAACCAUGAUGGGUGCAGCAUCCCAGCCCUCAAUGAUGGGCCCACCAUCCCAGCUGUCAAUGAUGGGCCCACCAUCCCAGCACUCAACAAUGGGCCCACCAUCACAGUCCUCAAUGAUGGGCUCACCAUCACAGUCCUCAAUGAUGGGGCAACCAUCCCAACCCCCUAUGCUGAGAGGCCCGGCACCCGUUCACAUGCAAGGCUAUUUACCCCAGACAACACCAACAAUGGGUUCCCAACCCUCCGCCACUUUCCCUGGAGCUAAUGCAUGGCAGAGAGGGCGAAAUUUCUGAGACAUUAUAGUGUACAAGUAUUGAUGGCUUUCAUUCUUUAAGUUUCAGAGCAUGUACAGAGAGCUACCUGUUCUCUCUGAUCUGUUUUAUUGAUGUGCUUUAUGUAUGCUCGUAUUAGCUUUUAUAACAAAAACAUUGACAUUUAAUCAAAAUAAGUUGAAAUUUGAUUGAACAAAAAAAAUAUUAGUAUCUCCUGAACAAAAAGGUUCACUGUACUUUUUCAGUGUGUACUAUACUUUCUCACGACACUAUUUUUAAAAUUCUGCCAAUUAUUUCCUCUUUUGUUUUAGUAUAAUAAAAGGUUUGAGCCAACUAUGAAGAGUCUACAACUGUUUGUUUGUUACUGCAGUUCUUAGUGUAACCGUCAGAAACCUGAUAUCAUUUGAGUUGGUUAUUGUAUGGGAUUUUAUUUCAAUAAAAUGAUUCAAAAUUCAGUUAAUAUUUCAAUAAAAUGAUUCAAAUUUCAGUUAAUACUUAGUUAAUACUUACUACCUUUUCUUUUACGGAAA